AUCUUUAAGCAUUUUUACAUUGCUAUAUAUAUAUUCAGAACUAGUUCUAGGUGUGUAGAAGUUUGAGGUUUUUCAAAGUCAUGUGAUCUGGGGAGAGGUCAUGUCCCUGAUUUCUGAUCUGUACUUUGAUCCUUAUUAAGAAAGGGUUCCUGAUCCCUUGUAUUCCUCUGCAGAGACAUUUAUAGCUGCAGAUUAUUAUUCUGGUGGAGCAUUCAGAUGGCAUUGUAAAUUUAUGUGAUGAGUCCAAAGUUCCCACUCUCUUACACUCUCAAUAAACAGGCAAGUGUGCACACACACAGACAGCCACACCUGAGAGAAGAGAAAGGUUUACUUCCUUCAGGAAGAUUCAGCCUUUGACAGUAUGAACCAGAGCUUCCACGCUGAGCUCCAUCUGUGAGUCCAUGCAGUGACCCACAUUGUCUCCUUUCAGCAAAGGUUGAAGUUCCUCUAACCAAAGACCUCUUCUGUACAAUCCUUUCUGCUCCUUCGAUUUUUUGUCUACCGGCCCCAUGAACUUACUUCUGGUUUUCAUGAACAGAUUCAAAGAUAUGUUUAAUAUCUCAACUCUCUCCUUCUUUCAAGUCUCCAAAACAUUUAAGCACCAUCUUCUCCUUAUGUUUGUUGUCAGUCUCAUAGAUCUGGGAUCAGGUCAUUUUCAGGUGAUUGGCCCAGACAAGCCUAUUCAGACUUUGGUGGGAGAAGAUAUCCUUUUCUCCUGUCAUGUCUCACCCAUGUUGAAUUUGGAGAAUAUGGAAGUGAGGUUCUUCAGAAACCAAUUCUCUUCUUUACUGGUUCUUUACAAGGAUGGGAAAGAAACAAAAGAGAGGCAAAUGCAAGAGUAUCAAGGGAGAACCCAAUUUGUGCAAGAUGCCAUCCCUGAAGGAAGAGUCUCCUUAAAACUGAAGAAUAUAAUUCUUUCAGAUGCAGGGAUAUAUGGAUGCCGGUUCAGCUCCCAAACUUUCUACCAGGAGUAUACUUGGGAACUACAGGUAGCAGCUCUUGGCUCAACCCCUCUCAUCUCUCUUGAGAAAUACAUAACUAGUGGCAUCUUGCUGAAAUGUCAAUCAACUGGUUGGUUCCCCAAGCCUACGGUACAGUGGAAAAACCACCAAGGAAAGCAUUUGUCUUCAGACUUCAAGGCAAACACAAGGGAUGAUGGCCUAUUUGACAUAGAAACCUCUCUUACCAUACAAGAAUCAUCCAUUGGGGAUAUCUCAUGUUCUAUCCACACCUGGGAACUCAGAAAGGAGUCCAGAGUAAGGAUAGCUGAUCCAUUUCUCCAGCCUUCCCCUUGGAUCUAUGGUUUUAGCAUAAUGUUGGCUAUCGUUUUAAUUGUUGCUGUUUACGGUGUUUUUCUCCACAUUCGUAAAGUGAAACUUGAGAAAAACCUGGAAUGGAGGAGAAAAAUGGGAGAAAAAGGAUGGAGAUAUGCUACUAAACAUGCAGUGGAGGUGACUCUGGAUCAAGAAACCGCGAACCCUUUGCUCCAAAUAUCUGAAGAUUGUAAAACAGUGUCUUAUAAUGACACCUCCAUGGUUGUUAGUAUGCCUGAAAAUGAGAAGAUAUUUCAUUCUCCAUGUGUAGUGGCUUCACAAGGUUUCUACAUGGGAGAAUGUUACUGGGAAGUGGAGGUUGGGAAGAAAAAUCGAUGGUAUCUUGGGGUAUGUUUGGAUAGUGUGAAUAGGAAGGAAAAACUGCCCAAACUCAACCCUGCUAAUGGUUAUUGGGUGUUGGGGCGAUGGAACCAAUAUGAGCAUUUUGUUUUCUCCCCUAAUAGACAGAUUUUAACUUUGCAGGUGCAUCCAAUGAAGAUAGGGAUUUUCUUGAACUAUAAGUAUGGGCAAAUCUCCUUCUUCAAUGUGACUAACAAGUCCCACAUCUACACAUUCACUGGUUGUAAUUUCAAUGGGAAAAUCCUCCACCCAUACUUCAGGCCUCGUUCCAAUGACAUUCAAGAACCUUCAUACCCCUUGACUAUCUGUACCAAGUUUCCUGGGACUGCAGGAAAUGAUACAUCUCCCUCUAACAAUGAAGGUUAGCCAUAAUAGCAAUAUAUUAGGAAGAAGUUACAGUAAACUCCACCACUUCCAUCCCCCCCCCAAAACAAAUCACAAACUUAUCUUAAUAUAUCUAGAAAAUACACCAGUCUGAAUUCUUAAAGAAAAUGCAGCAAUAGUCCCAGUGAAUCAUUUUCUCAGCCCAGGUCACCAUAGGGAGACAGAGAGAGAGGCCUUCUGGGGACAGAGUUUAGCAGUCCAUGGGCUGACUCUAGCACAUAGGAAGAGGCUAUGCAGUGUGGUAAGAGGAGGUCCCAUACUGGGACAUUGCAAUGAGAAGAGGUGGAGGUAGUGAUUGGAAACUUUAUUAUCCACUACUCAUGUCUAGAUCAUAAAUCCAGGGUAGGCUAAGAGAGGGAGCUGUAGGGUGCAGGUCUUCCUAGAUAAGGAGCAGAGGUAGGUCUUAGGUGGUAUACCAAAAGAGGAGCAGGUUCAGAAGCAAGCAGCAUCAAUAUUUUAGGAGUAGUUCCAUUAUCUAAUCUAGACUGAAGCCUGCAGAGGAUAAUCAGGUGAAGAAUUUUGACCAAAGGAAAACUUAGAGUUUCCACUCUAAACCAAUAAAGAUUCCCAGCUAACUGAGGCCAGAAAUAAUCUACCAUUGCUCAGGCCCAAAUUCAGGUCAGAAACUUGAAGAACUCAGACAAAGUGAACAGCAAUCAGACUUCGACCCAGGUCAGAUCACUUUGCAAGAACUGAAAACUUGAAAGUCCUCAGCCUGAGCUGCACCUGAAAUCCUGGAACAAUAUAAAUCUAAAUGCCCAAAGAAAGUAGCAAAAGGCCAAAUCAAAUCUUCCCUCCAGAAAAGAGCCCAACCCUGAUAUCAAGUCAAAAGUUAGGAAAUGGGACAAAAUAAUGUAUAGCAAACAAAAAGCAAUAUCACCUUCAAAGCCAAAUGUGAUGAUAGGGAUGUUUAAGACACCAACCUAGAAGAGAAUGAUUCCAAAACAUCGAUAAGGAAAACCAUAGAAAAAAACAUAGUUUGACUACAAAUCUAAUUAAAGUUCCUAGAGGAGCUGAAGCAAGAGUUCAAAAUAGAAAGUUGUAAAAUGUUUUUACUAAAGAACAGAGAUCAGCAAACUAUGAUCUGAGGGUUAAAUACCUGCAACCUGUUUGCCUAUGAGCUAAGAAUUAUUUAUACAUUUUAAAAUAUAUGACAUAUAUGUAUGUGUAUAACUUCAUGUGGCUUUGAUAAAACAUACAUAUAUAAAACACAUAUACAUGUGUAUGUUUAUAUAUAUAUAUAUUAUAUAUAAUGUAAAAAAUCAUUCUUAGCCCAUAAGUCUUAGAAAUGCAGUCAAUGAGAUGGAUUUGGCUCAAGGACCAUAGUUUACAAAAAUAUGCACUAGAGGUAAGAAAAAUAUAAAAGAAAUAAGAACUAUGAAAGAAAGAUUUGGAAAGGGAAAUUAAUAGCUUGGUGUAAGAGUUACAAAAUUUUGCCCAAGCAUCAAACACCCAGAAAAUUAGAAUAACCAAAUAGAAGCCAGUAACUCCAUAAGACAAUAAUAAAUAUCAAAAACAAAGUCAAAAGGCUGAAAAAAAUAGAAGAAAAUGUAAGAUAAUUCCUAACAGAAGUAACUGACAUGGAUAACAAAAUUGAUAUCAUAUUUCAAGAAAUCUUAAAAACUGCACAAAUCCUUUAGAUAUAGAGAGAAGAGUAGAAAUAAAAUCCACUGAUCUCUUCCUGAAAAAAUGAAAAUGCCAUGGGAAUAUUAAAUCUAAAACACAGGGCUUCCAAGUCAAAGAAAAUAUGCUGUGAACAGUAAAAAAGAAUUCAAAUAUCAAGGAGUCAAGAUUACACACUAAUUUAGUACCUAACAUUAUAAAGGAGUGGAAAGUUUGUAGUGCCAUAUUCCAGAGGGCAAAGAACAUAGGCUUAUGGCCAAUAAAUUACAUAGGACAACAACAUAUCCUACCUGGGGAAAAUAGAUCUUUAAUGAAGAGAACUUCCAAGAAUUUCUGAUGAAAACACCAAAACGAUAUAGAAACUUUUGAUGUUCAAACAAAGGAAUUAGUUCUAAUGUAGUCUGAAAUCUGUUCCUUCCAUACCUUAACCUUACAGAAUCCCUAACUUCCUUCAAAGCAGAACUCAGUUGCCAUCUCCUGCGCAUUACCUGAUUUCUUCAGUUACUCUCUCUCCCCCUCUGAUGCCUACUUUGUAUUUAAUAUCUUUGUGCAUAUGAUAUGAUUCUCCUUUCCUUAAGAGCAGAGAUUGUUUCAUGGGUUUUUUUUUUUUGGUCUUUGUAUCCUGAGCAUCAAGAAUGACACCUCAUAUGCAGUAUGAAGUUAAUAAAUACUUUUUGAAUUCA